CAAAUUCCAUCUCCCUUUUCGUGUCCCGGUGCCUCUUCCCGCCCCAUAACGGAGAUGUUGUUCCUCGGAAUACUGCUCAGCAUCUUCAUACAAGGUUAUGAGGACUUGGAGGCGUCUCCCUAUGAUGACUCGCCAGUGGAAAUGUCUCACAUGGCCUCCAUAGUGGCAGCAGCCUCCUCUCUUCCUCUCGAUGGACAGAACGCAUGUCUGAAGGCAGCCCAGGACUGUGGUCUAUAUGAGAAAUGCGGGUCCCUGAGGUCUGAGUACGUCCUGGCCUGCACUAAGCGCGUCCCAGGCUUGGACCACUGCAACAGGCAGAAGUGCCACCGGGCACUGCGGCGCUUCCUGGAGCGCGUCCCGGGGGAGUACAGCCUGGGGUUGCUGUUCUGCCCCUGUACUGACAAACUGUGUGGGGAGAGACGCAGGAAGACCAUCGUCCCUUCCUGUUCCUACCAGGAGAGAGACGGGAAACAGCCCAACUGUCUGCAUCUGCAGAGCUCCUGCACGAGAGACCAUCUCUGCAGGUCCAGACUGGCUGAUUUCCAGCAUAACUGCCAGUCCUCCGGCCAUUCCCCCUCUCGCUGUUUCAGAGAUAGUGGAACAGUGUGCCUCAAAUCCUAUGCCGGACUCAUCGGCACCAUCAUGACCCCCAACUACCUUAGCAACAGCACUAUGGACGUGGCCCUGUGGUGCAAUUGUGAGGGCAGUGGCAACCAAUGGAAGAACUGCCUGAAGAUCCAGAACAUGUUCACCAAUAACGCCUGUCUGGAGAACUCCAUAAGUACCAUGGGUAGCUUACCCCCUCGGCCAGUGGAGAGCAUUCUUCCCCCUUCCCCUCGCCCCUCCCCCCUGGACCAGCAGAACAAGCUCAGCAACAACGCCCAGGAUGAGCUCAGCAACAACGCUGUGGAGCAGAGUGAGGAAGAAGAGGAUGAGGAAGAGGAGGAGGGGGGUCAGUUUGACGUGAUCCCUCUCUAUGCUGAGAAGGCCACGGUGUCCAAUCUGGGUUCUGGGGGUGGGGGGGUGUCCCCCCGUCUGUCCUCAGCCCCCCCCCUCUCCCUGCUGCUGCUCCUUCUGCUACUGUCAGCCUCUCUGAGCUGGGGGUAAGGAGGGGCGGGGCCCUUGCACACAGACACAGAGUCUCUGAGAAAGGCACAGAGAGAGAGAGGAGGGAGAAAAUAAGAGAAGAUAAAGGACCUCUAGUGUUUAUUGCUUCCUUCCUUCUCUCUUCCUUUUGAGACGGUCUUGUACAGUCUGUUUUCUUUUUAUUGCUUCACCUCCCACUGUCAGGUGAUGGUUUUGCCCUAGGAGACUUUUUGUGUAUGACAGACAUAGAGGUGAACCAACUCCACAGUGACAGAGGGAGGUUAAACUCAGUGACUUGAUAGAUGAUAUGUGAGUAAUUUCCUCCUUUGGUGAAGACAUGUGACAGGGUACCAUGUGUCCGAUAGCGCUUUAGUAUAUCCAAGCUUCACUCUGUCCAUUCAUACCUCUGUACUCUCCAGUGAUGGAGAAGUGCUUACAGUCAGUGUUAGGAAGGAAUGUACACUGAYUAUACCAAACAAUAGGAGCACCUUCCUAAUAUUGAGUUGCCCUCAGAACAGCCUCAAUUCGUCGGGGCAUGGACUCU